CGCAGCCACAGCCGGCAACGUCAUUAAGCCCAUUGGUCGUCGUGUGUGGACGCGGAACGAUGGAGCAUUAGUGUAAGACGUGUCCGUUACUUUCAUCUCGUCGUUAUUCUCUCCUUAACGUUUUUACGUUUGGUCGUCAUCGCGUUGCUGCUUACCAAAGAAACCGAUACAAUGAAGUUCAAAUGGACGUUGUUGUGCUUAUCCCUGCUCGUGGCAUCCGCAGGUUUCGUGAGGGCCGAAGAUGAAAUCGAUACGGACGAAGAGAUGAUUGUCAGCGAAGAUCAAGUGUUGGUUGAGACUGAAGGAGACGAAUCCAUUCUUGAAGAUGUUGAACCAACUGAUGCUGAUACUUUCUUACUGUUCACCAAACCAGUAUUUGAGGAAAAAGCUAGUAUCGAACUACCAGCUGGUCGUUUGUCUGAAUUUCUUGUGGGAUUCACCAAUAAAGGAUCUAAUGACUUAGUCUUAGAAACAUUGGACGCUUCACUUCGUUACCCUAUGGAUUUCAAUUUCCACAUUCAAAACUUCACUACAGUUUUGUUAGAGAAAACCAUUCCACCAGGUUCUCAGGCUACACUUGGCUAUGCUUUUAUUCCAGCUGAUGCUUUUGCUGGGCGUCCAUUUGGACUUAGCAUUAAUCUCGCUUAUAGAGAUAUUGAAGGAAAACAAAUGAUUAGUAAACUGUACAAUGAUACUGUAAAUAUCAUUGAAGUUGAAGAAGGCCUGGAUGGUGAAACUUUGUUUUUGUAUGUACUUAUGGCUGCUGCAUGCGUUCUUCUUUUGGUCUGUGGUCAACAAUUCCUUUAUUCCGUGGGCAAGAAACGUGUUGGUGGUGGUUUACCUAAUCGUACUAGAGCUAAUUUGGAAACUGGAACAAAAAGCAGCAAACAGGUUGAUAUGGACUGGGUGCCUAAGAAUGUUCUUAACCAUUUAAACAAACAAAAAGCUCAAAGUCCUAAACAAAAACGUGCAAAGAAAACGGAUUAGUUGAACAAACCAAGACUUAAAUUUUACACGUUUUGCACAAUUGAAUGUGAUUAAUUGUCAGUUUCUUUCAAUGGAAGAAAGUUUAUACUAAUAUUAAAUGUUGUGAUUCCAUCUGCACAUAUUGUAUAAAAUAAGAGUACAUUUUUUACGUAUUU